CCUCGCUCCCCUGCCCGCCCGGCGUUUUUGUCCUUUCCCAAGCGGGUUUCUCCCGAGGCGCCGCCGGCUCGGCUAACGGCUCGGGCCGCGCAGAGCGGUCAGUGCGCCAAGAGGGAGCGUUGGGGCCGCUGCACAACGCGCGAGGAACACCGGGGAGAGCCGGGAACCACCGGCGAGGCCGUCACUCUGGGACUGAUUGUGCAGCAGUAAAUCUACACUGUGCCAUACCCUCUCCUUGGGGGGGUCAAAUGAGCGAUCUUGUGGAAGAAAACUGCAAAGAAAGCCAUUCUUCCCAGGAAACACCUGCAGAAGAAAAUGUCUCUUCUGCUAAGACCUGCUCAAUAGGACACAAAAAACUGCAAAAACUUGAGAAACAAUUAAAAUGCUUAGCCUUUCAAAAUCCAGGACCUCAGCUAGCUGACUUCAAUCCUGAAACUAGGCAGCAGAAAAAGAAAGCAUGCAUGUCACAGAUGAAGCAAAAUAUUUUUUAUGAGUCCAAAUUUACAAAGAAGUAUGACAAACAUGGCAAGCUGCUUUGUAACGACAUUGAUUUGUGUGAUUGCUUGGAAAUGGACUGCCUGGGUUGCUUCUAUCCUUGCCCCAAAUGUAAUUCAAACAAAUGUGGACCAGAAUGUCGCUGUAAUAGAAAAUGGGUUUAUGAUACAAUUGAGACUGAAGCUGGGAAUGUGAUAAGUGUGCUGCCAUUUUUUGUCCCUGACUGAUUAUGUUCUGUUAGUUUUUAUGCCUGAGAAAUGUUCUUUUUUUGUCACGUUUUAUUAAAGUAAUUUUUGGUUUUAU